AUGCGAUUGGCCGUCUAUGGAGCUGCUUCAACCCUUUUCGCCACUUCGGCUAUCUUGUCAGCCUUCAGACAGAGAUCCAACUUUUAUAGUGCAUCUGUUUACUUGAGUAAGAGCAAUGCAUGUAUGAUGAUCCUUUGUAACUUUGGAAUCUUCUGUACCGUCAUCCUUUCAAAGGUCCUUCAAUCAAUCUUCUUCGGAAACCUGAGGUCAAUCGAAAUAGGAAGAUUGCAUGAUCGACUAUGGUUCACCGUCACUGAGACUCUACUUGCCUUGGCGAUGUUUCGGGAUGAGUUUGAUACAACAUUUGUCGUCUUAUUCAUUAGUUUGAUCUUUGUCAAAUGUUUCCACUGGUUGGCAUCGGAUCGAGUCGAAUGGAUGGAUCAAUCUCCCACUCCACCCGGACGAUUAUUUCACGCUCGAAUGAUUAGUGUAUUGUCACUUAUAUGGAUUACCGAUCUAUUGCUCAUUGCCUAUGCAACUGAAUCUAUUCUUUCUGAAGGAGCAAGUGUGAUUUUGAUGUUUGAGAUGGAGUACAUCAUCAUGUCUGUCACAUGUCUAUCGAUUAUAGCCAAAUAUCUAAUCAACUCUUAUGGUCAAUACCGUGCCCAGGAACACUGGGAGGAAAAAUCAACUUAUGUGUUCUACAUCGAAUUGGGCACUGAUUUUCUCAAACUACUCACUUACAUCGGAUUCCUCUCUCUGACCCUCACUUUUUACGGUUUACCGAUCAACGUGAUUCGGGAUGUGUAUUACACUGCAAGGUCGUUUAUAACCAAGUGUAAUAACUUGAUGAGGUUUAGACAAGCUACCCGAAACAUGAAUGAACGCUAUCCAAACGCUACACAAGAAGAAAUGGAUGCUUUGAUUGACAAAACGUGUAUUAUAUGUCGUGAAGAUAUGGAAUUUCGUGCAGAUGCGGCAAGACCAGCUAACGAAGCUCAGAAUGCUGGCGCAGGCGGUGGACCCAACGAUACUCCUAAAAAACUUCCUUGUGGUCACGUCUUUCAUUUCCAUUGCCUUCGAAGUUGGCUGGAGCGUCAGCAAACUUGUCCGACUUGCCGACGACCUGUUCUUCAAAGUCAACCCAUUGCUCCUCCAGUACAUGCUGCAGCUCCACAACUUCCUGCAGCAGGUGCAUUCGGUCAGCCUCAAGUUCCACCUGCUCAAGGUGGACUACCUCAGCCCCUCGGUACCGGAACAGGGCCUCGGCCCGGACAUCUUGUUUCGAGGCAGGAGGCUGCGAACCGGGCCCGUGAAAUCCAACAACGUAUACAAGCGAUGAGACCGCCGAUGCAACAGAACCAGCUAGCGGGCAGCUCUGGCCCUCUGCCUCCCAACCCCUUACUCUCAUUCGAAAUCCCUAACCCACCUAAUACGCUCCCAAGAAGAGCUGUACCACCUGCAUCUGAGCCACCUGUAGUUCUUCCCUCAACACCUCAACCUUCACUACCUUCACAGCCGUCGACCUAUAGCACUAGUUCAUUCGGUGAAUAUCCUUAUCACAUGAGUGCACCGACCCUCGGUCGAAAAACCCCACUAACUGAUUACGAAAAGAAAAAGCUUGCAGAUAAAUCAGGUGCAGCAGAAGUGGCGCGAAGACAAGAAAUCUUACUCAACCAACCACUUCAAUAUCAUCAACAAAUGCAACCUCGCAAUGAAUCCUUACCAUCAGCUCCUAUUUCUCCAGUUGUCAAUCCUCUACAUGAACAGCAGCCUUCGCUUGUACAGUCUAAUUCCCUUAGUUCGGCCCAAGUACCUCGAUCUACUGGAUAUCAGUAUCCUUAUCAGUCUGGCCCAGUACCACCUGAGAGCGCAAAUACAAUGAGGCCUUCACCACCGAUCUCACCUGUCGAUUCUUUGGGUGAUGGAGAUAUCAGUAGUCUGCCGACGGAGCAAGCUGAUAGCCAAGCUCCUACCAAUAACACGCCUAGAGCUGCUACAGCCCUUGGCAUCCCAGUGUCUAAUCCAUUUUCGACCAGCUCACUCAACUUGCCAAAUUCAUUUGAUCCACUAUUACCACGAUCAACCUCCUCCUCAACAAGCACAUCCACAUCAGAAUAUAAAGCAAGAAAAGGAUUAGAAACGAAAAUGUUGGAUCAAGAAUUACCAUGUUUGAUUCCAUUAUUUGAUACUGAAACUUACAAGGUACCUGAAAGUUUAAAACUUGGAAACUUAAAUCAAUUGAUUUCAAGUGAAGGAUUGAAGAUUGAUCCAAGUUCAAUAGUUUUACCCACUAGAAAGUUUCAAUUAGAAGAAAAUUCAGAUUUUGUUAAAGAUGGAUUAAGAGAUCAAUUGAGAUUGAUGAUUGAAAUUCAAGAGAUUAUGAAUGGCUGUUCUAAGAGGUUGAAGAGAGCUUUAGGUGAAGAUGAAAAAGAUGAAGGUCAGAAUGAAAAGAAGGGAAAAGGAAAAGAAAAAGAAACUGAAGAACAAUGA